AUGGUCGCUCAGCCCGAGGCGGGCGGCGGCCUCGCCAAUCUCGGCAACACCUGCUUUAUGAACUCGGUCCUGCAGUGCCUCGUGCACACACAGCUGCUCCACAGAUACCUCGAGAAGCGGCAGCACUCGGCCAAGUGCCGCCGCCGCCAGGGGGAGUUCUGCCUCUUCUGUGCGCUCGAGGAUCUGGUGCAGCGCACGUUCGCGCAGGGCCCGCGGAGCCCGGCCUUUGCGCCGCGCGCGAUCGCCAACGCCCUGCCCGCAAUCGCAAAGGGGUUCCGGCUCGGCCGCCAGGAGGACGCGCACGAGUUUCUGCGGUACGUGCUCGAGAAGCUCACGAAGGAGGGCAGCGCGGUGGUCGAGGCCGCCCGCCCACCGGGCGUGACUGGCAAGUACACGGCGCUGCAGUCCUGGUUCUCGGGCGCACUCCGCUCGCAGAUCCAGUGCUGCCACUGCGGACACGAGUCGAACACGCAGGACCCUUUCCUCGACCUGUCCCUCGAGCUGCGCGCCGUGGGCGGCCGCGUGGCGCCCGACUUGGACGGCGCGAUGACGCAGUUCUGCCAGGAGGAGUUCCUCGACGGCGCAAACAAGUACAAGUGCGAGGCCUGCGGCAAGCUGCGGCGCGCGCGCAAGCAGUUCCUGGUCGAGCGUCCGCCGCGCCACCUCUCGGUGCAUCUGAAGCGCUUCUCGUUUGGCGAGGCCGGCGGCGGCUCCGGCAAGAUCUCCGCGCACGUCGCCUUCCCCGCGACCUGGCAGCUCGCGCGCUACUCGGCGGCGCGCACGCGGCUCGGGGUGGAGCAGACGCCGCCGCUGCCGUACCAGCUGUACGCCGUCGUCUGCCACGACGGCGGCUCGACCCACUCGGGGCACUACUACUGCUACGUCAAGCUGGUCCGGGAGGCGGACGUGCUUCGCGCGCCGGCGUACCUCCUCUUCUACCUCCUCCCCCAGCAGCACCACGAGGCGGCGAUCGCGCACUGGAGGGAUCCGCGUCCGGCGGCGGCGUCUUCGGCCCGCACCUACCGCGCUCGGCCGCGCCUCCCGUCUGCUCCGCGCCGCCCGUGGGCGGUCCGGUGA